AGAGUCAGUAGACUGUAGUCUAAAUAUAAAGUAACCGGGAGAGAUGUGAGACGGUGGUGCGGCGAUCCAACAACAUGUGAAAAUUAAUAUUUUCGUUAUGGGGAAUACAAACGUCAAACCCCAUCCGAAACCUAGAAGUAAAAAACAAUUACGUUGGAAGGCUGCAGAUCGUCCAUCACCACCUGGAAAACCUUCUUUGGUUGGGGAGAACGUUACUACUCCUGAUGUCGUGCACAUUUGUUGGACGAAGCCGGAAAAAGAUGGAGGAUCCACCGUUACUGCCUACUUGGUUGAACAUAGAAGAGUUGGCACUGGUCACUGGCUCAAGUCAUCUCCACAGCCAGUUGCCACUAAUGAAUUGGUAGUCAGAGACUUAGAGCCAGGUUGGCGUUACCAGUUCAGAGUAAGAGCGGAGAACGCUGUCGGCUUAUCUGAUCCUAGUGAAAUCUCGGAGCCAUAUACUGCUACACUUCAGAGAUCCGCCAUAGCGCCUCCAAAAUUCACUCAGGAACUGACAGACACUGUCGCCUUAGAAAACGAUAAAGUCGAAUUCGAAAUACACUUUCUGGGCCAACCCUCACCAAACAUAUGCUGGUUUAAGGAUGGUUUCGAAAUAUUUAGUGGCAAUAGGACUAGAAUAACGACAAUAUCCGACAAAAGCGUUUUAACGAUUCUACGUGCGACAAUCGCCGAUGAAGGAGAGAUUAAAUGCACAGCAACAAACAAAGCUGGUCACACUUCGACGAAAUGCAAAUUGACGAUAGAAGCACCGCCCAGCAUCACUUUACCGAAGUCCUACCAGGACCAAGAUGGAAUCAUAUUCGAGAUCGGCGAAGCCAUAAAGAUGAGCGUGACGGUUUCUGGAAAACCCACACCGCUCAUAUUUUGGUCGCACGAUGGCGAGUCCAUUCAGAACAACGAUCGAUACGAAACGGAAUAUAACGAUAAAAUCGCUUCAGUGAAAAUCGAGAAUGCACUGCGCACUGAUAGAGGAGAAUACCAGAUAAAAGCUGUUAAUAAAUUAGGCCACGACCAAGCUUCAUUUUUGGUCACCAUCACAGAUAAACCAACGCCUCCAGGUAAGGCAAGAGUUCUGUUGACUUCUGGUAGAUCUGUUACUUUGAGUUGGUCCACACCAAAAGAUGAUGGAGGAUGUCAAGUUGGUAAUUACAUUAUAGAGUAUUAUAGAAUUGGUUGGGAUGUUUGGUUGAAAGCUGCAACAACUAGACAACAAUCGACCAUGUUGGAGGAUUUGAUUGAAGGCAGCAAAUAUAAGUUCAGAGUCAAGGCCGAGAGCCCCUAUGGAGUCAGCGAGCCGAGCGAAGAGUCAGAAGUUGUAUUCAUACCAGAUCCAAAGCGUGGAAUUCAGAAACCCACUGACUUAGAGAGAAUCGAGAGUGAUUCACGAAUACCUCUUUCAAGACGAAGAAGAGCCAAUUCCUCACCGAGAGUUUCAUUUGUUCUAAACGAGGAUGUACCCGUAAGACCUGAUCGUAAAAAGACGGGUAAGACGCCAGAAGCAUCACCGCGCCAAAAGAGAAAACAAUAUAUGCCUCUCGUGAAAAACCACAUCGGUUCUGAACCCUUUUUGAAUAGGAAAUUUUCUGUUCCAUAUGCUUCAAAAAAUGAUUCACGAACUUCCUGGGAGAAUAGUCUGAUUCCUAAUUUGCAAGAGGUCGCAUUCAAUCGAACCACAACAAUAAUAAAAGUAGAGAAAAAUAAAAGUCCAUCCCCGGAGAUAAUCAUUACAGAUGCAGACUCAGAAAAACAAAAUGAGAUCUGGAAACCAUCAGGAAAUUUGCGACAACCAGAAGUAUCACCAGCACGAGGUCCUAAUUUUUUCGAAAAAUCAUCUUCCAAUAGUCAGAAAUUAAAGAGCACAACCACAACCAGUACCAGUCAUUUAGGUCAUUCAUCUAAAAAAAAUUUGAAGAAUCCGAACGACACACUCAGAAGGUUGACAGAUAAUCAAGGAAGCACAACGUCUGGAAGUCGCAACCUUGCCGAAAAUGUAACUUCAACGAUGUCGGAUCAAUCAGAAAGAGUAUCGUCGGGGAUUCCUAACUAUUUCAAGAAAUCUCCACCAAGUAGUCCACUCUACUUCGAAAAAUCACCAUCAACGAGCCCGUCCCUCUUCGAGAAAUCACCAUCCAGAAGUCCAGACUACUUGGAGAAAUCUCCAUCCAGAAGUCCAGAACAACUCGAAAAAUCACCAUUGGAAAUGUGGAACAAAUUUCAGAAAUCACCAUCGAGGAGUCCUACAAAUUUUCAGAAAUCGCUGCAAAGAAGUCCAGACCCCAUCGAAAAAUUGCUAUCCAGAAGUCAGAACCAUUUCGAAAAAUCACCAUCAAGAAUGUCAGACCAAUCCGACAAAUCAACAUCGAGCAACCAGAAACAUUUCGAAACAUCUCCACGAAGAGAUCUGGACCACCUUGGAAAAUCGCCAUCCAGAAGUCCAAACCUAGUCGAAAAAUCCUCUUCAGGAACUCCGAAGAGUUUGGGGAACCCGUCACCAAGUAGCGCAAAUUCUACGGAAAGAAGAUACAGUUUGGGAGAGACCCUGGAAUUAAGAAAAAAUGGCCAUUCUGCCCCUCAGAAAACUACAAAAUCAGCUAUAAAUGAUCACCCUCCAAAUCCUCUAAAUGUGGAUAGGAUUAGAUCGCCACUAAUACGUCAGGAGUUCAGUGGCAGCUCGGAAUUCAUGCUAGUUCUGUGUCCCGAAGGAGAACAAGGCACACGCUUCAAAAAAUUAGUCAAUUUCGAAGAGACAUCAAUUCCUCCCCCGCUGUCACUAUCAGCACCAGAAUUAGGCAUUGAACCUCCCGAGCUUCCACUUCUAAAGCGAUGGGCGAGUUCAACCGAACUUCUCACUUAUCGUCUCAUGGAACGCCUUCACGAAGCAGCCAUGAACGAGAACAAUGUGGCUGGAGAACAAAAAACGACUUCGGCACAUUCAAAGGUACCCACGAUCCAAGUCAACUCUGAACCGGCUGCAGAGAUAAACCCAGGAGAAAGACUCAAUUUGACUAGAAGACUGUCGGGCGUUCUUUCGAACACCCAAUUAUCCUGGGCCAACAGAAGACAUAGUUUGAAAAACGCUGAAAACAUGGCUGGGGGUUUUGGUACUAAAUUACAUAAAUUUGAGGAAACGGAGCAAAUGAGGAGGGAGAUAUCAGAUUACCGAAGAAUAUCGGAAUCUGACGCAGAUGAUAAAGAUGUGAGGAAUUUAGAAGACGAGUGGAUGAACGAGUACGAGGAAUCGCUACCAUCUGAAGGAGAGAGUGAAUCUUCUUCAGAUGAAAGGAAAAAUUCGAGUAUGGCAAUCCGUCGGAACAGUUUAGAUGAAGAUGAAGAAAUUUAUAAUCCCCGAAAUAGAAUGAUGAGUGCUACCAAAGUCUAUGACAAUCAGCCUUUUGAGAUUCUUACUGUUCGUAAGGAUCCGCCAAACUCAGACAUAGUUCCAAAACCCAUUCUUAAAAAUUCACAACGUAAUCAAAGUGCAUUAAUGAACAGUAAAAAUAGUGUCCAAUCCACCAUGUUUGAAUCAAAGACUGCUCAUUCAGCAGAAUCGCAAAAUCUCCAAAAUCAAGAACAAAUACCUCAAAGAAAUAGAUCAAGCUCUCUUACUGUAGAAGAUGAACUAGACGUGAGUCAAUUGAAAAAAUCGCCAACUCCCGGUAAACGCCGUUCCUUUAGCUUGUUACCUUCACAAGGAAAUUUCAUCAAAGAAGCAUUCAAGAACAGAAAUCAGAAAAAUGCUGAACCGUCAACAUCUAAACAAACGGCUGAGCCUGCAAAAAAAGUGUCCGCCUUAGCAAAUUUCACCAGUAUAGCUGGAGCAGGUUUCAUAAUUCCUAAUGAAAUGCCAGAAAAAAAGGAAACCGAAGAAGAGGCGAAAGUCGUUGUUGAUUUUUACGGUGAUAUUGUCAAGAGUUUUGGCGGCAAAUCGAAACCAACAGCGGAGUUCAGCAGGAGCAUGGUUUCGAAAUACGACACCUACGAGGAAAGAAAAAUCUCUGAUAUCAAACCAAAUUCUGACUCUUUGGCUACGCACAAUGUGAGAUCAACAUCCCCUAAAAAUUCUUAUAUUGAUACAUCAAAAUACCCUGCCCAGUACUCCGAUCAGAAUAGGAGUAGUCCAAUUUCGAAUGCACCUGUCAACAUUUCUCAAACAAAAGACAAGAACGUCAUGAAAGAACUUUCGAAUUUAGAUUAUUCAAAGAGAAAUACCCAUGUUACAAAUGUGAAAUCAUUUCCCAAAGAAGAUCCUCCCCAAAAUGUAGAUAAAGCCAUCAGACAAAUGAAAAACGAAUUGUCUGAAACGCAACUAUCGAAUAAAACCUCGAGGUACCGAAGAGAAAGAACAUCUUCUGGUAAUAGACAAGUUGACGCGGAAAGAACAUAUAGGGGAAGUAAGAGAUCAAGUAGACCGGGAUCCAGACAAACUUCAGUAGGGAGGAGAAGAAAAGAUGCUUCUACCUCCCCUGUUAGAUUUUCAGAUGACUGGGACAGUAAGUGUUCAUCAAUUAAUUCCCUGAAUCAAGAUUAUUAUAUCAGGGCCUCCUUGAAUUCGAGUGAAGCAUCGCUUUCUCGAAGAUCACUAUCUCCACCAAGAUCAAGAGUCAGAGGAAUAACAACGCAAACAUCAUUCAGAAUAGAACCAAAUAGUACUGAAGUGGUCCAGCAAAGAAUAGAUCUGGCAAAAAAAGCAGAAAAACGAAUGAGUUUUUUAUUUGGGUACUUGACGGACACUGCCAUGGUGGCAGUUGCUGCUUGGUUUUACGUUUUCCAGAACGAAUAUUUAGCGGUUCCGUUUAUCCUGAUUCCAAUUUAUAGGCAGUUGGAUCAAAAAAUUCAAACGGUGAAAGAAGGUAUCAAGAAACGAUUACCCAGAUGGAUUCGUAGAAGAUUAGAAAAGAACAGCUGAAAAAAGUUCACAUAUUUGUUUAAAAAAUAUAGCCUAUAAAAAUUUCGACAAAAGAAUGAGUCAAGCCUGUUUCAUUUGCAAUUUGAAGAGAUGCAUAUCGUGUUUCUGAUCCAAAGUUAAAAUCUCCAUCCGUGAUGGUUGAAGAAAUGGCGUAGUCUUAAGAUACCAAGUGUUUAAGAGAUAGCAGUCUAUUUUUUAUUGAGUGUGCGAAUAUUUCAUGACGAUUUAAUUCAAGUGAUCAAAUUAGCUCGUAUUCAAUUACCGAAUCAAGAAGCGAGGUAUUAAUUUUGAAUAUAUUCUUAUUUUAUCAAAAUAUAUGUUUUUGCACAUUAAUAUUUUAGUUGUAUAUAAUUGUUAAUAAAAUUCUAAACGGAGA